CUUAAAUGUCACAUGGAGAACCAAACAACAGUGUCUUACUUUCUGCUCCUGGAAUUCUCACAAAAUCGGCAACUGCAGCUUUUGCAUUUCUUCUUUCUCUUUGUGUUAUAUUUGGCAACUGUAACAGCAAAUCUUCUCAUCAUCACUGCAAUAGCUUUUGACCAUCGCCUGCACAGCCCCAUGUAUUUCUUUCUUAUGAAUUUAGCUGUACAGGACCUGGGCAUUGUUUCAGUCAUUGUUCCCAAAUCCAUGAUCAAUUCUCUCAUGGAUACCAGACACAUCACUUAUUUUGGUUGUGUUAUUCAAAACUUUCUCUUUUUCUCCUUUGAAGUUUCUGAUUUCUCCCUCCUGACAGUUAUGGCAUAUGAUCGGUAUGUUGCCAUUUGCAAUCCACUGCACUAUGAGAUGGUGAUGAAUUGGAAAGCCUGCACUGAAAUAAUAAUAGUAGUGUGGUUUGCAGGUCUUCUAUGUGGCACAUUGCAUACCAUUGGCACUUUUUCCAUACUUUUUUGUUCUAAUGUUGUCAACCAAUUCUUUUGUGAAAGUCCACAAUUGCUAAAACUAUCCUGCUCUGGCUUAAAUCUACUUGAAGUUGGAAUUGUUAUAGCCAAUAUCAUUACUUCACUAGGUUGUUUUACUUUUAUUAUUGUAUCUUAUGCAGUGAUCUUCAAGGCAGUAUUAAGAAUCCCUUCUGAUCAAGGCAGGCAGAAAGCCUUAUCCACCUGUAUUCCCCACCUUACAGUAGUGUCUAUGUUAGUAUUAAGUGGAAGUUUUGCUUAUGGGAGACCUCCCUCUAACACACCAUCUUACUUAGAUAUUGGGUUGACUGCUCUGUAUUCCCUCCUUCCACCCCUGUUCAAUCCAAUUAUAUAUAGCAUGAGAAAUAAGAAUAUCAAAUUUGUCCUUUCUCAAUUGUGGAGUGUCUGA